AUGCCGCCGCACCUAACACACGCGGCCCUCGCUCUGGAACCAGCCACAAUCGACGAUUUGGAGACAUUGACACGCAUAAUGUAUGAGGCCACAGAAUCGACAGCGCCCGUGCUUUCUGUGAUCCAUCCGCGCGGCGCAACAGAGGCAAUCAUCGCCAGCGAUGUAGCAGCAUACAAGCGCGCAUUCUAUCGCCCGGAAGUGUUUUAUAGGAAGAUUGUUGCAAAGAGAGUCCACGGAGACGACGAGAUCGUGGCCAUUGUGCGGUGGUAUCUCUGGCCAGAGGGCCGCAACGAUGCGGCCUGGACCCAGCCAUACAAGUUCACGGCCGACGCGGCUCUGCCGCCGGACGACAUCAAUCUAGCUGCGGCCGAUGCGUACUAUAGCAGGGUUGACGCUAUGAAAAAGCGGAACGUGCAAAACACACCGCAUCUAUACAUCUCCCUUCUCGCAACACGGCCCGGACACCAGGGCCAUGGUUACGGCAAGCGGCUCGUGGAAGAGGCCGUGGCCAUGGCGAAACGUCACGGACUCGACAACGUGUUCCUCUUGUCCGUUUCGGGAUCGCGCUCGUUCUAUGAGCGAUGUGGCUUCAAGGUGAUUGACACAUUGUCGCUCAACUUGGCGGCCUUGUCGGGUGCACAAGACGAUAAGGCAGACAAAUGGGUCGAUACAUAUAUGAUGCAUGCUAGACUGUCGUGA